AUGCGACCGAAACGAAAUCAGAUAUUUGAAUAUGAACAGUUUGAAUCAUAUCAGUUUGAUUUCAAUAUUCAUGAAGCAAAUGAAACUGAUAAUGAAAUUGAGAUUGAUGUUGAAACGACAUCAUUACAUGAUGAUUUACAACAACAGAACUUAACUCCAGAUCAAUUACAACAUUUAUUCUCUCAAGUUAGUUCUGAAUUAAUUGCAGAAUCAGUAGAUGAUCAAAAGUUUUUUAAACGUGAAGUAACAAUCAAACCACCAAAAGCAAGUAAAGUAAUACAAACACCAUUUCCACCACCUUUAUCAGAUCGUAAAGAAGAUUUUGAUAUUAGUAUUGAAGAAUUGAAACAAUUAGUUAAAAAAGAAGCAGGUCCACUAAUUAUUGAAAGACACUCUCCUAAUACAGAAGAAAUUGAUCAUGUAUUAUCAACUGUUUCAUUGACAUUUAGUCAGCCAAUGAUCGCUAUUGUAUCAUUACAUGAACAGAUGAAUCCAGAAGAUCUAGGAAUAUCGUUAACACCAAAAAUAGCAGGUCGAUGGAGAUGGAUAGAUACGAAAACAAUUCAGUUUGAAGCAAACCAUCGUGUACCAUAUGCAACAAAGUAUACACUAAGAGUCAACAAAGAACUUUGCGUGUCAGCAGUCGGAGUGCGUGAUGGCAAACAUAAUAUACAAACUGAUGAAUUAGAACUACUGGAUGAAGAAACAGCAAAAACGGAAUUUAAAUCAUUUAUAAAUGAAAAUGAAAGAAAUCAUCAGGAAUAUAUUGCAUUUACAUUUAAACAUGAUUUAUUAAAGGCAACACAAUAUACAAUUCAAGUGCCUAAAGAUUGCCCAUCAGCAGAGGGACCACUAAAGACAAAAUUAGAAUGGUCAGCUGACUUCCAUACAUUGUUUAUACAACCAGGACUAUUGAAAGAUAUUCAUGGUCAAGUAUUAGAACAAGAUGAUUCCGAUCAACCCAUUCAAUUUCACGUAGAUGAUUUAAAUUCACCAUUAUUUGGAGCUUUAUCGGGUGAAUCAGAUAAGGAUGGCACAGUAACUGCAUGGGUUACUAAUUUAAUGACUGGUGCACCUAUCAGUCAAGCAACAGUUUCAAUACUGAAUCAGAAAAAAAUAACAAAUAAACAAGGAUUAUGUACAAUUGAAAGGUGCAUGGAAGAGAAUAACGAAAGAAGGCAAGUGGAAAGCAGAGAGAAAGAAAUAUUAGUCGUAGAAAAAGAUGAUGAUCUAUGUAUGGAAGUAAAUAUUUAUCCUAAUGAAACAGAUGAUGAUGUUUACGUCUGGCAUGUUUUUAAUGAUCGUGGUUUAUAUAGACCAAAGGAAGAUUUGUAUAUAAAAGGUUAUGUUCGAUUACUAAAGCAAGAAGGUGAAGCAAAAGUACCAACUUAUAGUCAAGGUGUAAUCGACUACAUGGUUUAUGAUUCUCAAGAUCAACAACUUCAACAGUCAAAAGUGGAAUUGAAUAAAUAUGGGGCAUUUGAUGUCACAUUCACAUUAACUGAAAACGUUAACUUAGGUGAUGGAUACGUAGAGUUCAGUUUACCAGAUUCAAAAAAUGGUACAAAACAUUAUUUUAAUGUUCAAGAGUUCAGAAAACCAGAAUAUCAAGUUUCAUCAAUGAUUCGACCAACAAUCGCACAUUUUCGUUAUCCAACCGUUGAUGAAUACGUCAUAGUUACUUGUCAAGGAAAAUUAUUUUCUGGUGGUUACUUAAGUUAUGCAAAUGUUAAAUGGACAGUACAAGCUGAAACAACAACAUUUAUACCAGCUAAAAGAUUUGACUAUAUAUUUGGCAGAGGACAAUCAUUCUUCUCCUGGUUUGAUGAUGAUGAUGAAACCAAAAUAUCAUAUCCAACAAAGCAUCUUCAAGUAACAUAA